GUCAUCUAUUUUUAGCAAACAGUCACAAUCUACCCAUUAUAGGACGGCAAAGGCUACGUCGAUGCGAGGGCAAUAUAUAAAUCUAUCCAAGGAAACAAUUAGUGAUAUUUACCUGUUAUUUAGAAGAAGAUGACGUUUCAGUAUACACCUAUCCCAGGUAACAGUUGUUUACAUAUAUGAGAUAGGAAGACAGGAAGUAUUGAAAAUAGACUGUUCUAAGGUGUUCGAAGUGAUAGAGCGUGGGUGUGUUUUGGAGUCGUUUGAUGUACCAGGGAUAACAGUAUCUUGGCCAGUUACACAUAUACAGUCUUGAGAUGCAUAGACGGAUAACAAAGAGUGAGAUACGACAGAUCGAAUUCAACGAGGAAAAUGCUGAACAUAUUCGACAUUCAUCGAAGUCGGUCAUAUCCCUCAACAUCACAGUGGAAGAACAUAGACAGACAACAUCGUCAUUCUUUAAACCAAAAUGGAUGAGGUCUUCCGACGAGGGCCAGAAAGUAUCACGAAUGGUUACAAUUAAGCGAUGGCUGCUUAAAUCAACCCGCCCAAAACAUCACAAGAAAAAGUCCAACAAUUGUCUAAAAGAACUGCUUAUUGUCAAUGGAUGUACAGGGCUUGAUAAUCCCGGAUUCAUCGAUGAAGAAACAGAAGAUAAAUUUGAUUCUUGUACGUUGGAAGUCGAUGUGCCCGUUUGUGAUUUGCCUCUCGUUGGUAUUGUGGCUGAUGAAUUGAACGAGAAAGUGACACCAGAGGAACAUUUAUUUGACAUGGACUGUCCCAACUUCGAACUUCUUUCUGGAAAACAAGACAUUAUGACACCUGGCCUUUGUUCUUUCACAAGGAGUGCGGUAAUAACGGUUCAUAUGUUUGAACCCAGAAGUCCUUCUCUUGCAAGAGCAGUUCUUCCUCCUUCCAGUGCAAACGAAGGCGAGGGUUUUAAGAUUUCUGCGUUUUCCGGUGAAUGCACUGACAAAGAAAAUGAGUAUAAUGCUGCAAAAUACAAUCAACAGAAACUUCAAAACAAGCUGUUAACACAAAGACUCCUCCGAAAGGAGAAGAGGACAAAUAUAUUAAUGAAAAGACUUUGGGAGAUGACAGGGACACUGGUAAGACAGUCCAGGGCAAUUACUAUGCAAAACGCAUGCAUAGAAAGCAUGGACAAUACACUGUCCAAACUGGGAAGCCAGCUGACCAAAAAGAAAGAGAAACAUGCAGUGACGAAUGUUUAUAAUGUAGAGCAUGUUGAUUUGUUAACAAUACCAUCUGAGAGAAANGGGGGGGGGAGUUGCAAUAUCACUGAAAAAAUACGUUAUAACUGUGUUCAAAUUUGA